AUGGAAGUGGAGAGUCUCGGUGGUAGCAGAUAUUUCGUGACAUUUACUGAUGAUGCCUCACGAAAAUUGUGGGUGUAUUUCUUGAGAACGAAGGGUGAAGUGUUUCAGUAUUUCAAAAGGUUUCAUGCUAUGGUGGAGAGACAGGCUGGUAAACCUUUGAAGUGUCUUCGCUCAGAUAAUGGGGGGGAGUAUACUUCCCAUGAAUUCAAGAAUUAUUGUGCCGAGCAUGGCAUCAGGCAUGAGAAGACUGUACCUGGAACCCCACAGCAUAAUGGUGUGGCUGAAAGAAUCAACAGAACCAUUAUGGACAAAGUGAGCCCAUGCCGUGGCGACCAGCCGCAUCGUCGCGCCUCCGGCACAGUUCAUCGGCCUGUGAAGCAUAACGCGGCACAACGCGAGCCAUCAUGCGGCGACACUCGUCGCGACUUGACCAAUAGUGAGGGUGCCCCAUCCGUUGCGUCCGCGAAGCCAGUCGCGCCAGCGCCUGCCAACUCGUUGCGCCUGUGA